AUGGUUAUGGUUCCUGGUCAAGAAGGUGGCGACGCCAUCCCAGAUGUUAUCUUGGGAAAAUACAACCCGAUUGAUUUUAUAUUGGGAUUGGGUUAUGGGGGUCAAAAAUUAAAUUUGAACAGGGUCAUUAUCAUAAAAUUGAAAAUAUAUAAUGGUUUUUUUGAAAUUAGUAGGGGUCACAUGACCCCCCUUCCAUGUAAGUGCCUCCGCCCCUGGUACGAACUUAGCUACACUCAGUUCAAGUACAAGGCGUCUUCAUCGGGUCAUGUCAUCCCAGUGAACAUCAAGCUCGAGAAGAGACAAUUUUGUCACCACAUCAACUACACGGACCCACAGGACGAUACGGUAGUUGCUUCUCUUGCGGUUUUGGUGAAUGACUUGCAAGGCAAGGAAAAAGAAGCGGUUAACGUUGCGGUUAAGAACAUAGGGAAAAGAGAUGGCGAAGAGGUCGUCAUGGCUUACUCUAAGCCACCGGUUGGAAUCGUGGGAACGCAUAUGAAGCAAGUGGUUGGGUUUGAUAGGGUUUUCGUCGAGGCUGGAAAAAAACGGACGUUAGGUUUGAGUUUGAUGUAUGUCAGAGCUUUUUGA